AUGGAGUCAAUCCAUGAGUAUGGCACUGACAAUCAAAAGCAAGAAGGGUUCGUAGAUGGAUCCAUUCAAAGGCCAACUACCAGGAUUAAAGAACAACAGCAAUGGGACCGCUGCAACACUUUGGUCAAGACAUGGCUGUUGGGAUUGAUGUCAAAGAAAAUCUUUGGCAGCGUGGUUCAUUACAAAAAUGCGAGUGAUAUGUGGCUCGAAUUGCAGGAGCGUUUUUCCCAUACAAACACAGUUCAACUAUUCAACAUAGAAAAUGCGAUCCACGGCUGUGUGCAAGGCACAGGUUUUGUCACGGGCUUCUUCACCAGACUUAAAAUUCUCUGGGAUGAAAGAGAUGCACUUUGUGGGGUUCCACCUUGUAGCUGUGAUGCAGCCACAAAAAUCAAGGCGUACAUGGAGAACCAAAAGACCAUGAAGUUCUUAAUGGGACUUAAUGACAAUUAUGAUGCAGUUCGAAGCAACGCAGUGGCAAUAGAUCCACUACCAAAUGCAGAGGCUUCGAAUGGAAAAAUCAUUGCUCAACCAGAGGCGGUGGCCUUUACUGUAAAGAAGGGAGGCCGUGAUUUGGAUGCAGGAAAAUUCGAAGUGAGAUGUGAGAAGUGCAACAUGACUAAUCACAGAACUAAGAAUUGCAGGGCCCACCUCAAGUGUAACUUUUGUGGGGGAAAGGGCCAAUCUUACGACUAUUGUAGAAGAAGAAAGGCUGCCAUGGAAGAAGAACAGAGAAACUCAAGGGGGAACCAUGUGGCUUCCAUGUAUGACAGAAGGUUGGAUGGAAACAAUUUUCCAUUCUCACAGGAAGAAUGCAAGGAGCUUAUUGAGUUACUAAACAAAAAUAAGGCAACCAAAGUCAAUCAUGCCGGUAAUGUUUCAAAUUAUGAUGAACUCUCAGGUAAAGCUUUUUCUACCACUCAAAAUGGCAAGAAAAAUGUUUGGAUAUUGGACAGUGGUACUAGUGAUCACAUAGUUUAUGCUCCUUCUCUUCUUACCUCUUUAAAACCUGUGCAUAAUCGUUUUGUCAAAUUACCAGAUGGAACUACGGCUCAAGUCACCCAUAUUGGAAAAGACCUACGAUUGGAGGAGAUGAUUGGGACGGGAACUGAACGGGAGGGACUCUAUUGCCUCAAUCCAAUACAGAAAGGAACAUGCAACUCAGUUCACCGCCAGACACCCAACCUUUGGCACCAACGCCUCGGUCAUCUUUCUACCAAAGUUUCUAUGUUAUUUCCCUUUUCUACAAAUAAAUCAUGUGAUGAAAAUUAG